GUGUUUGGCGACUCGGUGUUGUUGGGUUCGUUCAAAUCUCUGCAAAAGUUUGAAGCUUUGACUGCGAUCUCAUCUGGGGUUUUUGUGGAUUUCCUUCGAGUUUCCAGUUUCGCGGGUUUGGGGUUCGUCGCUUGCCCUUUCGAUUCUCCUUUUUCAAGUGUUGUUGCACAAGAGUUUCCCUGUGGUGAUGAUAAUGUUCUGCCCGGUUUUUGUCGCUCAAUCAUCGACCUUCCUCCAGCAUUGAUAUCUGAAAUCCUGAAUUGCUUGGACCCUAAGGAGCUUGGUGUGGUUUCCUGCGUCUCGACGGUAUUGAACAGGCUAGCAGCUGAGAAUCCUGUUUGGAAGGAAGUCUACUGUGAAAGAUGGGGACUUCCUUUAGUCCCUCCUCCGGUUGCUGGAGUAGUAGUUCUUUCAGAUGAGAAGAACUGGAAGGAGCUGUUUGUGGAGAGGGAGUUCAGGAGUAGAACAUUCUUGGGACGUUAUAGCAUCGAUGUUCUGUAUGGUCACAAGGAAGCUGUUAGGACAGUUUUCCUGUUGGCUUCCGCCAAGCUCAUUUUCACCUCUGGAUAUGACUCAGUUGUACAGAUGUGGGACAUGGAGAACGGCCUCUCGUUGGCUUCAUCCCGGUCCCUUGGAUGCACCAUUCGAGCAGUUUCGGCUGAUUCGAAACUACUGGUUGCGGGUGGUACUGAUGGAUUCAUCCAGUGUUGGAAGGCAGUUGAAGGUCUCCCACACUUGUUCGACCUCAAGGAUCCCACAUCCGAGUUCAGGCUUUGGGAGCAUGUCGGACCCAUUACUUGUCUCGCCUUGGACCCUACAAAAAUCUAUAGUGGUUCAUGGGACAUGAACAUUCGUGUAUGGGAUCGAUCUUCCCUGAAAUGCUUGCAGGUCUUGAGUCAUGAAGACUGGGUUUGGAGCCUUGUUCCUCAAGGUACCACCGUUGCAGCUGCAUCUGGUUCAGAUGUAUAUGUAUGGGAUACUCGUCGAGGGACUUUACUAAAUGUCGUCACUCAGGCUCAUGCUGGGAAUGUUUUUGCUAUCGCUCGAAGUCACAUGGGGGACCUUCUUUUCACCGGAGGAGAAGAUGGGGCAAUACACAUGUACGAGAUGGGUAAUACCGACUCGUCCAAAAUCGCUUCUUGGGUUGCUCACUCUGGUCCGGUUUACUCUCUGGCAUUCGAGUUCCCUUGGCUGGUCUCGUCUUCUGGUGAUGGGAAAAUGGCGCUCAUCGAUGUGAGGAAACUGCUGAGAUUGGCCAAACGAGCCAAAUUCUCUUUGAGAGCGAGAAAGGUGGUGGAGAGCAGCAUUGUGGAGCCUCCACAGAGGAUGUUGCACGGAUUUGGGCCGGACCUGUUUUCGGUUGACAUUGGUGCUGACCGCAUUGUCUGCGGAGGAGAAGAGGGUGUUGUCAGGAUCUGGAACUUCUCCGAUGCACUUGAGACAGAACGGAGGGUCCGUGCACUGAGAGGGAUGCGGUCUGAGCAAAGGAUGCGUCGUCGAAAGAUCCAGGUUGAGAUGGGGAGUAAGAAUAGUCGAGCUGGUCAGUGUUCAGUUGCGGCUAGCAAGAACUCGGUGAAUGGAGAUCUCAAUGUUGUGUGGCAUAGUAAGCGUGGGAUAAAGGAAGUUGCAGCAUUCAUGAUCAUCUUCUGGAUUCUUGCUCUUGUUGCUGUUCGAGCUCAAGCAGCAACAUCUGCUUCUGGUGUGUCUGCAAUGUUCAUAAUGGGAGAUUCGUCUGUUGAUUGUGGAGAGAACACACUCUUUUACCCUCUCCUCCAUAGAAACCUCUCUCUCCUCCCCUGCCAAGGCUCCCAGACUUCUCUCCUCCCUUACCUCCUCGCUGAGAAGAUGGGACUCUCAAACCGUCCCCUGCCAUUCUACAGACAGAACGGGACCAUACAACAGCUAACCAGCGGAAUAAACUACGGGUCAGCAGGUGCAACCAUCAUGAACAUAGACAGCCAGAGCCACCAAUGCCUCACCCAGCAACUCCGCCAAGUCUUCGAGACGUUCCAGCUCCUCGACCUCCACCUGGGCCAGGACUCUGCACAAACGUUCAUCAACUCAUCCAUCUUUUACCUCUCCUUCGGGAAAGACGACUACGUGGACAUCUUCCUGGCCGAGAACACCACGAGGACGACGAGGAGCAGGGAGUUCGCCGAGGUUUUGGUGCACCAGGUGGUGAUGGUGGUGAGGAGGCUGUACGAAGGGAACGUGAGGAAGAUCAUCUGUAUGGGGAUUUUGCCCGUUGGGUGCGCCCCAAAGACGGUUUGGGAGCUAGGUGGCGAGAAGAAUGGAAGUGGGAUGGCUGAUGGUUGCGUUGAGGAGGUGAAUGAACUGGUCUUGGAGUAUAACAAGAUGUUGGGCGAUGGGAUUGUGGAGCUUCAGAAGGAAUUGUUUGAUGCUGAGAUGGUGUUCUGUGAUGUUUACCUUGGUGUCAUGGAGAUUCUUGCCAAUCCUGCAAAAUAUGGAUUUGAAGACACGGAGAAUGCGUGCUGUGGAUUGGGGAUGCACGGCGUGGUGAUUGGUUGCCUGUCGGAGGAGAUGGCCUGCAACUUAUCUUCUUCACCGCAUGUAUGGUGGGAUCUGUACAAUCCUACGCAGCGAGUCAACUCGGUUCUUGCCGAUUCGGCUUGGUCUGUUGAUCAGGAACACUCUGCUGCAACCAGCAUUUGCCAUCCCACGGCAGUGAAGAACUUGGUUGAGACUUCAUUACUUCCUCCUCAUGUGCCCUGAAUCAAGUAAAUUGGAGAUUUCAUCUUUACUUUCUGAAUCACUG